AUAAUACUGCACCCAGGCCACCUUAUACUGCAUUAGACAGUGGUGCACGGAUCAACAUAUCAGAAGGCUCCUGUCCAGAACGGAUCGUAACUAUAACAGGACCAACGGAUGCAAUUUUUAAGGCAUUUUCAAUGAUUGCUCUCAAGUUUGAAGAGGAUAUUAACGCUUCCAUGACAAACAGCACAGUGACAAGCAAACCUCCUGUUACCCUAAGAUUAGUUGUUCCUGCAAGCCAAUGUGGCUCACUUAUAGGAAAAGGAGGAUCUAAAAUUAAAGAGAUCAGAGAGUCCACAGGUGCCCAAGUACAAGUUGCAGGAGAUAUGCUACCAAAUUCAACAGAGCGAGCUGUUACCAUAUCAGGAACCCCAGACGCCAUCAUUCAGUGUGUUAAACAAAUUUGUGUGGUUAUGCUAGAGUCGCCGCCAAAAGGUGCAACUAUUCCUUACCGUCCAAAGCCUGCAUCUGGACCGAUUAUUUUUGCUGGAGGCCAGGUAAGAGCGGAAACCAUUUUGGCCUCAGCUGGAAAUCACACCGUCCUGGCUCAACCUCAGCCAGCACCUGCAUUUGCAAUUCAGGGACAGUAUGCUAUUCCACAUCCAGACUUGACCAAGCUUCACCAGUUGGCUAUGCAGCAUACCCCCUUUACUCCCCUUGGGCAGACCACCCCUGGUUUCCCUGGACUGGAUGCCACUUCUCCAACCAGUUCCCAUGAGCUUACUAUUCCCAAUGAUUUAAUAGGAUGCAUUAUUGGCAGACAAGGCAGCAAAAUAAAUGAAAUCCGGCAGAUGUCAGGCGCACAGAUCAAGAUUGCAAAUGCUUCAGAGGGAAAUGGGGAGAGACAAGUCACAAUUACAGGCUCCCCUGCAAACAUUAGUUUAGCACAAUACCUCAUUAAUGCCAGCUUAGAGAUGGCUAAACUGAGCACCCAGACUGCUUCCGUCACGACCCCUGUUGAUCUCAACAUGAACCUCUCUCAGUCUACCACCCCUUCCUCCACCCCCACCUCUAUGGCUGUGUUGGCGGCAGCUGCUGCUGCCUCCGCGGUUAGCGUCAAUUCCCCUCCUCCCCUACAAACUUUACCGACCACCCACUAUGCUGUUCCUGUCUCCAGUCUGCUUGGCAUGAAAACUGUCCCACUCCUGGCACUAAAUGCAGCGGCCACUGCUGGGGCCACUGGGAAUUUAACUGCUUAUACUGCCAAAAUUCCAUCGACGAGUGGGGUUAAGAAAUCUGACCGACAGAAGUUUGCUCCAUAUUGAAGGCAUGGCAACAAAGCUCUACCAAGAUUCAGUGGUAGAUAAACCUAAAAGAAAUAAUAUGGCAUUAUUUUUGUUUUUUGAUGUUUUUUUUAUUGCAAGUGUUUAUUGUUGCUGAUUCAAUUUUUGUCCUCCUCUUUCCAUGACUAGUAACCCCCACCACCUCCUUAGAAAUCAAAACAACUAGUUCCAACAGCUUUUUUAUAAUCAGUUUUAUUGUUUAUUUAAUUUUCUAUUUUAUUUCAUGUUAUGUUUAGUUGUUU